GAUGACCCCCGCGCCCGGUUCCCCGUCAAGCCAGUGAGAUCCGGCGCCUCUUCUUCUUCUUCUCCUCCUCCUUCUUCUUCUCUUCUGACGCGGCAUGUUUCAGCGGCUCGUGGUGCCCCUCCUGGGAAGUGUCCUGCAAGUCGGAACGCGGAGAGGGCUCGGGAUGGAUGCCGCGCUCGUGACGGUGUUGCUCGCAGCGGUUGGUGCUCUGGCCAAUCAGGAGCCUUGUAACUCGAAUCACUUCACCACCGAUGGGGAGUGUUGUAAGCAGUGCCAACCUGGGGAGGGAGUCAUCAAACCCUGCGGAGCAACACAGACCGUCUGCCAACCCUGCCUCGAUAGUGAGACUUUCUCUGAAAACUUCAGUCACACCGAGCGAUGCCAGCCGUGCACACGCUGCACAGGCCUGCUGCGCAUGGAGACGCCGUGCACAGACUCCAACGACGCCACCUGUGUGUGCGACUACGACUACUACAUGAGUGCGGUCACCAGCCGCUGCGAGCUCUGCACCAAGUGCCCCGAGGGGCAGGGCAUGCUCUACAGCUGCGAGGACAACCGUGACACCGUGUGCGAGUCGUGCACCGUGGACACCUACUCGGACCAGGAGAGCACGAGGGAGCCCUGCAACCCCUGCACCGUCUGUGACGAGGAGGUGGAGGUGGAGAUUAAGAAGUGCACUUCCACCAGUGACACCGUGUGUAAAGAGCUGAACCCCCAGUUCCCCUCCGUGUCGCCGUCCCCUGUGUCCGGUUCGUCCACGCCCUUCUUCGUUUAUGACAACUCCCUGCCGGAAGGCCCUCCCCCCGACGGCACCAUGGAGAGCUCCCCCACCACCACCGACGGCCCCAAACUCAUCUACCAGGGCCUGCACGACAAGCUCAUCCCCAUCUACUGCUCCAUCCUGGCAGCCGUGGUGGUCGGCCUGGUGGCCUUCAUCAUCUUCAAGAGGUGGAACAGCUGUAAGCAGAAUAAACAGGGAGGCAACAACUCCGCAGCAAGCCAGAAUCAGAGCCCGCCCCCAGAAGGCGAGAAGCUCCACAGUGACAGCGGGAUCUCCGUCGACAGCCAGAGUCUGCAGGAGAGCCAGGCCCAGACCCAGACUGUGGUCACCAUGGAUGAGGAGCCAUGUUUGCUCCUCCCUCUCCACACCAGAGAGGAGGUAGAGAAGCUCCUCUACCGUGGCUGUGAUGGCGACGACUCCGCCCACAUGGAGGACAGCGACUGGUGCAACCUGGCCGGUCUGCUGGGGUACGAGGAGGAGCGCAUCGCCACCUUCAGGCAGGAGGAGCACCCUGUCCGCGCGCUGCUCUCUGAUUGGGCGAGGCAGGACUGUGCCAGCAUGGACACGCUGUGCACGGCGCUUCGCAAGAUCAACCGCAACGACAUCGCACAGAGCCUGCUGCUCAACCCCGGUUCCACCAAACCUACAGCCACGUCAGUGGUGUGAUUUACCCAUGAUGCACCUGUACCCUCAGCUCUGUGGUAUUCUUCAGUUGCCUCAUUCCACAAGCCAAGCAGUAAAAUUAUUCCUCUAUGACGCCAUCGGCUGCAGUAAAGAUGUCACACACUGACUUCAAAUGGUCGCAUUUGAUUUCCAAACAAAGACCUCUACCAAAUUAGACCAAAAUAACAGUCAUCAAUCACUUUAAUCAGAUUAACACUUAGCUGGAUAAAAAAGAAGAAAAAAAAAGAAGCUGUCUCCUCUCAAGAUGUUUACCAUCAGGAUGUGACCACAAACUGUGCAAAAAAAUGUUGCCGAGCACAAAGUUCCCAUCAGGAUGAAGACAUGACAAAACAGCUCCGCGGGAUUCAGGGGCCUCGGUAUCGUAGCGUCCCCUUUCACAAACAAACCCCUCUAACCCCGGAGGAGCAACGAGUAAAGAAUCUGACGUAGAAAUUCUAGUGGAUCAAAAAUCUUUCUAUUUUCAUUGCGUUCCUUCUUUUUCCCCCGCUUCGCCGCACAGACGCGAGACGUGUUCUGUGUUCCUUACAUUUACCCUCCUGUGCUAUGCAACCAACGGAGCGCGAACCCUGGCCAGACCCACGAGGGGAGCGUUGGUGUUCGGACGCUGCUCACCUCGUUUACCGUCGCGUGAGAUACAGUAAGCUAACGGCUAACCUGCCUUCAGCAGAUCUGUAUACUAAAUCUGCCCUAAAACUCCAACGUGAGAGCUUAUACCAGAGCGACCCACUUUCCCUUCUGCAAACCUGAAAGUCCAGUCACUCAGACCCGGCCUAGUCAUUCCAGCAAUGCCUGAAAUAACAUAUUGAGCGUUUUGUUGAUACCAAGAGCGCCUUACAGAGGGCUAAAUGGGGGCAGCAUUUUGCCUGGGGACACUUCAGCAUGACAUGUUGCCUGCAGGGAGCUGCGGGGAAUCAAUCUCGCGACGUCGGGGGGCCUCCUGCUUCUUCAGCGAUCGUCGCCGUGUCCACUGACACAAUUUGUGACUUUAAACACAGUGACUUUGUGUAUUCCGAUAAGCACUGCCCCCCCCCCCCGCUGUAUGGGUGGUCCUCGGGAAAUCGCACGAGUGGAGAAAUAUGAGUCUGUUCACUCGGGCUGAUCUGCAUAACACAGGAGCUCCAGCCGGGCUCCUCUGGCCCACAUAAAGGACUUUACAUCCAAAUCUCUCCCAUCCAGGAAAAGCCAUGUAGAUAGACACAAACACACACACACACACACACACACACACACACACACACACACAAGUAAGAGGUAUGUAACCAUGCAUGCAUGUACUGUUCACUGCCAUAAAAAUGCUUUUCCACAUAUGCAAAAAUGUGUUGCACAUCCUGACGGAGACACAAAGAGCAACAAUCCUGCCAUAUUUCGAGCAAUCCGACGAGGGACCAUAUACUGUUACCGAGCUCGUAUUACUAGCUAAUGUACGAACAACUGUGUGCAAGCUGCCGGAAACAUCCUGUCAGCUGCAGCGUGUCUUUCCUGGGUGGUGCUAUCUUACAGUAAACCGCUUGUAGAAACUAGCCACUCAUAUUCAGCUGGUACACAAUUACCAUGUCGGAAUACACAGUACAUCAAAAUACACACAGUUCCACCGAAUACACACAAGGACAUCGAAGUACACACAGUUCCUCGGAAUACACACAAGUACAUCAAAAUACACACAGGUCCACAGGAUACACACAAGUACAUCGAAAUACACACAGUUCUUCAGAAUACAAGUAAAUCAAAAUACACAGUUCCUCAGAAUACACACGAGUACGUCGAAAUGCACACAGUUUCUCAGAAUACACACAAGUACAUCGAAAUACACACAGUUCCUCAGAAUACACACAAGUACAUCGGAAUGCACACAGUUCCUCAGAAUACACACAAGUACAUUGAAAUACACACAGUUCCACAGAAUACACACAAGUACAUCAAAAUACACAGUUCCUCAGAACACACACAAUUACAUCGAAAUGCACACAGUUCCUCAGAAUACACACAAGUGCAUCGAAAUACACACAGUUCCUCAGAAUACACACAAGUACAUCGAAAUACACACGACACAUUUAAAGACAAUUUCUCAAAAUACACUCAGUGGUACCCACUGUUACGUGGACAUAAGAGCGUUGAACGGUCAGGACCAAUAAUCCCAUCUUGUUCUUUCCUUUCUCAGGGUAUCUGGAAUUACUCUGUGACAUAAUCGAUAUUUGCAUUACCUUAGUAAUCGAGGCAAGGACAAUCAGGCUAACUCGGGAAUCUUUUUCAGUUCAGGUAGAGAAAGAGACGGACGGUGUGAGUGGGACCCAGACAGGGAUUUUUCUUUUUCUUUUUGCAGAUGACAAUCCUUCAGAGCGAUGAAAGAGGAGGAAAGAGGUCAGGGAAAAUGGCGACAGUGUCUAGUUUCUCAUUGUUUUCAACAAUGACCUCUGCAUAAAAGGCGAGUCACAGGAGACACGGGUCGGGGGGGGGGCGUGGGGUGAAUCCAGAGCAAGGGAAAGAUGAAAAGAGGGAACUCGGAUGCAAAAGGUUCGGCUUAAUCAAACGGUCUCGUGAAAUCUAGAAGCGCUUGCUUUGUCAAAGUCACAUAAAAGUCAAGCGGCAUGUGCUCGUUCCUCGCUGAAUGUAGGCCGUUACUGUGUUGUGCGGCACAAAUUUUGGUUCUGAUCAUUUAAAUCUUUCUCGGUCAGUAUUAUUACCAUGCCAAUAUAUAUUAUUAUAUUAUAUGUUAUAUAUAUAAUUAUAUAUUAUAUAUAAUAUAAUAUAUUUUAUAUUAUAUAUAAUAUAAAUUGUAUUAUAUAUUAAUAUAAUAUAUUUAUUAUAUUAAUAUAUAUUAUUAUGUAUUAUCUGUAAUAUAUAUUACAUCAUGCCUCCUAGAUAAAAAAAGGCCAACUUUGUUUCUGCCUAUAUUCCAUUUUGCCCCCGACGUCUGCUUGUUAGGCGGCCAUUUAAAUGAAGUAUUUUUGUUUUGUUGAAUUAACUUUACUCCUGUCCUUGAUAGCAACAGAUGUUACUAUGAAUGAAGUUCUCGCUCUGUUCAUCAGGGGUUUUCAUGUUUGUGUCAUAGCAGUUGUAAACAAUAUUGUUAAAUGUCUUUGUUUGUUUGUUCAUUUUAUUUUUAUAAAGUUAGAUUGUAGCACUUAAACAUGUAUGUAAGCAAUGACGUCUGUUCUGCGUCUAAGUGCCUGGCGUCUUUUUCAGGUAUCUGCCGAUCUUUCCACUGAUUUUUCUUAAUAUAUUUGUUGUCUUUAGUUGUUUUUGUAUUAUUUGUCCUUUUUUUAUAUUGUGAACUUAAAAACAGUAGAGAUUUGACUUAAGUUAAGCCUGGACGGCUUGUUGUACUGUAUCUGUGUGAAAGGGACUUUGCUGUGAUCUAAAUGUCACCUGAUUAAAAAAAGAAGCUGGGGUGGUUAAAUGGAAGGUGGGUACCUUGAUAAAGUACUGGGUACAGUUAAUGAAAACCAGUAAAUUGCAAAAGUGAUGGGGAAUGUCAGCUGUUGUGGGGGCCUUAAAGCCAGGGACAAGCACAGGGAACGCCGACUCAAGUCACAGUUAAUCGAAAGGAAAACCUCUGCCCUUCCGGUUGGAAAUACGUCACUCGGACAGCCGCUGAGCAAGGCAUUGGAACGUGGACAGUUUUGUUGACUUGAUGAUCGGUGAGGUGUUAAAACUUGGGAGCUAGUGUUUUGCGCAUCCUACGCUAUCCCUAUAUCUAUGCACUGUUAGAGUAGUUGAAGAAGUAUUUGACAAAGGCACAAACUAAAGUUUAAUUCAACCGGGUGAUUGAUGCUAGUUUUGUGAUGGGAGUGCUAGUCUUGGUGAGAGCUACCAGACCUACAUAGUAGCUGUGGUGGUCAUAUGCAGUGGUGGAUCUAGAGAUUUUUUCCUGGGGUGGCAAAGGGGUGGCAAGACUGUGUCCCAGAGGUGGCAGCUGCCAUCCUUUGCCACCCUGUAGAUCCGCCCCUGGUCAUAUGUAUGUUGAUGUUGUCAGUACUGACGGAGACGUGCUACUUGUACAUCUUGCAUCACCAUUUCUUUUCAACCUAAACGUCUGACUUCAAUGUGACAUUUGAGUUUUCGAUGGAUCGAGGAAGUUGCGCCAGCAAGAUGUGGCGUCUUAAACAUGGGAGGGGAGCUCUGUGAAUCCAACCCCCCCCCCAAAAAAAAAAAAAACAAACCCCACAACCUGAGCUUCAGUCACAUUUUCUAAACUAUCCUUUUAUCUGGCCUUUUAUCGUCCAGAGUCUCAGCCUUCUGGUGGCCAUGUUGGAGGUUGUCUCAGUAGCAUUAAACAGCCAUGUUUGAUGGGGGCCAAUCAUUUUUACACAAAUAUAUUCAGUGGACCACAUCUUUAGAUAAUAUUAGACUGGAAUUUAGCUUGAUAACAGCAGUAUUUAAGUUAACCUCCUAUAUUGUCUUUUAGUCAUAACAUCUCAUUUGCGCUAUAGCUAACAUUAAGUGACUAGUAUUUAGCAUUUCUUUGUGGCUAAAAGUUACUUAUAAUCUCUUAACGGUUGCUGUCAAGUCAGUUUGCUGGCCAAGUAAUUAACAAAAUCAAAAAUGUUUUUGUUUUUGGGUUAACACGUGGCAAAAUCCCAGGCCAUAGCUUUGGAGUAGUAGCUAGCUACGGCUAAAGUCAAGCUAAUUUUUCAUAACUUGCCUAAAUUAGAAAGCUCAUCUCACACUAAAUUAUCUUCUAUUGUCAAUAAUUUUACAAUGCGUUUCUGUGAUCACGAUAUACAUUUUAUGCAUCCAAUUUUUUUCUUUCACAGUUGUAGUAAAGUUGGACAGUGUAUUCAGAACACCAGACCUCCAAGAUGCUGCCAGUUGUAUUUUCUCUGAGAUUUCUUCACCAUAAAUACUAUCUAAUGAUAUGAUGGAUUAGAUGGAUAUAUAUAUAUAUAUAUAUCCAUCUAAUGAUAUUAUUGCAUGGUACCUGAUUUUUUUUUUUUAAUGAAAAGUUUCUCUGGGUCUUUUCAAUUCUGUUCCCUGUGGUUAUUAUAGCCUAAUAUGGACAGAUCUAUAGCCUCAAAAUCAGUCUCCAGAUCAGAAACUGACUGAAAGUUGUAUUUUCCCAAGAAAGUAUUAAACUUUAUGUGUCAAGGUCAGGAAAUUGAGUUAAAGACAAGAAGACGCUGACUUGUACAGUAAACCAGAUUGAUGGUGUAAGGUUGAAGCUGUCAUUUUCUUGGAAAGAUGGCGGGGUUAGAGACUGGAGGUAUGGCUGGAAGAGAAUGGGGGGUUGUAUAUCACAAAACUGACAAAGGGCACCAGGACUGAAGUGUACAGAACUCAGAAAUACUGAAUUUUCCCCUGUAUUUGCUAAUACAUAUACUGUAUUAUAACUAAUGUGAAUUUGCUAAAUUCCUGCAAAUUAGCAGCAAACUCAAUAAGAUAAUAAAGGCCUUAAAUCUGA